AUGAAAAGCCAAAUCGACAAGGAAACGAAAACAGUGAGUCGAUUUACUAUUAUCAAAGAACUCGAUGGUGAAGUAUAUAAUGCAAGAAAUGAUUGGCUUAUGCGUUAUGUUCUCAAUCCUCAAGACUUGAUUAUAGAAAGAUUUAAGCAAAAAUGGGCGAAAAUAGAAGCAACAACAGACGAAAAGCUUAAACCAAUUGUUAAUACAACUUCAGAAAAAUUGAUUGAAAUUUUUGGUGUCAUAAAGACAAUUAAUACGAUAUCACAAGAACAAGGUGGACACUCUCUUUCUUUAGUUGAAGAUUUAUUCGAGCCACUCACGGAUCAAGGCAAUUAUCAGCUAACUGACAAGAAAUUUUGCAUGGCAAAACUUUUCCAUCAUUAUCUUAUUGGUGAACAAGUUUCAACGGAAAUUUCUACUAGAAAUAGUCUGUCGUACACUGUUAAUGAUCGGUGGAAAACUCUGGUUGAUAACUUUCCAAAGUUAAGCGAAGAAAUCAAGCAUACUUUUCGAUCGCUUGAAAACGCAUUUGAAACUGCUACGAUCAGUUAUUUUGGUCUUUUUCUGGAUAAGAUACUCAGUGAACAGACUAAAACCGCACAAGCACUAUCGAGUCAAAUGAGUUCAUUUAUUGCAGAAACCUAUCGGGAUAUUUAUGAACAUUUAUUGAAUCAAAUACAAGGUUGUGCAGCUUCAUGUCCUUGCUGCAAACGGAUAUGUGAUGUUGAUCAUCAUUUGGAACUUACUUGUCCUAUUGGACAAGGAGAAAAUAGACAUCGUUGUCAGUUCGGUCAUCAAAUUCGUGGUAUGGGCGGCAUCUAUCAUAAAUUUACUGGUGAAGCAUCAAUUGCAUGGUGCGAGAUCAUUAAAGACGAAGGUCAAGUUAUUAUCAGUGAGAAAAUGCCACAAACAUGGAAAGCGUUCAAAAAUGCCAACCCCGAUUGGGAUUUUGGUGAUCCGAGAACUCGAGAAAAUUUAACACCGCCUUAUGUUUAUAUGUGGAAACAGAUUGGUGAACAGUUAUGUGAGCAUUAUAAAAAUGGAAUGAAAUUUGUCGAAAAAAAUAGUCCACUCCCAAUAAAUCACUUCAUUUUUAUGCUUGAUCAUUCUGGUUCGAUGAAUGAAGAAAUUAAUAUUUUGAGACGAUCGACCGCUGGAAGCGCUGCGCCACAAGGAAAUAAAGUAGCUAAUGAUUCUAGUGAAAUCAAUCGCACUCCUUGGAGAUGUCUACUUCGCGCUGUGAAAGGGUUUCUUGAUAUUCGUAUACGUCAAGCUUCUUUUGACGAUCAAAUUACCGUAAUUCUAUUUGGCGAACGAGCAGUACUAAUUUAUAAUCGACAAAAGCUGACCGAAAUUGAUAUAGGCCAACUAAACAUACCGAUGAAAAUAUGUGGUGAAACUACGAACUUUUCUGCUGCAUUUCAAAUGGUUAUAAAGACGUUAGAAGAAGUCAAUAAGAAUCCAGAACGAAAUAGAUACCAACAAACACUUAUUUUUAUGACCGAUGGUGAACCUCAAGUAUAUCCGCAGAAAGAGUUGCAACAGUUGUGUGAUUAUAGACCAGGUUCUACUUCCAAUCAGAAUGACAAAACGUUGAUACAUCAUUUCUGGACAAUGGCUCUUGGGGACUUCAACAAGAAAACUAUCGAGAAAAUCAAUCAAACAAUCCAAGGUACUCUGAUCAACAUUGACGAUCCCGACGAACUCGAGGAGGCAUAUGCAUCCAUUGCCGAAAUUCUCUAUGACCGAUAG